CCUUAGUACCGACUCCAUGCAUCAUCAACCAUUGCACUGGUACCAUCACCUGAUACUACCAGGUAGUAGUACUCCCUACAUACUACUACCUUACCGCACCGCACCACCGCAGAUCUAGAUCUCCCCAAUACGAGACUCGUUCGCCAAACUUGAAGAAUCUAUCAUGUCAGCACAAGGUAGACUGCAAUAAGGCACCCCUAACCAAAUUAGUGGCCAGUGAGAAAUUCUUGUGCUCCCCUCCCCCCACACGUGGCUUGCAUGCAGCAUCAGAUUCACUUUUACAUGUCAUCAUACAUACCUCAUAUAACCUUAAGGUAGCUAGUUGGGUGUUAUUUUCAAUCCCUACUUGUUGCGGGCGCGUGUUGCGGCGUCAUCGUACCGUCCAAUGCGAAAACCACUGACGGCACAAGAAAAAAAAAAUUCCGCCAAGUUGAUUUUGACUUUUUGCCAUCCCCCUCGAUGUGCAAGCUCUGGGUGAACUCGACCCGAGCCUCGGACAAUGGACCCCCAAAGAGCACAGCCCAGCCAACCCUCACUCUGUCUGAAUUACCUCCCUGAGAGGGGGACCCCCCGCGAUGCUAAAUGCAUCAUGAUUCCAUUGCCAGUGUCGCACGUCCAUUUUUGACUUCCAAAGUGAAAUGCUAAAAUCAGUUUGCGUUUAAAAAAAACACAUCAAUAUCGGUGCCCGCGGCCACCGAGUUGCAAUGGAGACAUGUACUUGUGGUGCGCUGAGAUCACCUUGGCCGGUCUGCAUCCUGGCAGAACAAAAGGGUUAAAAUGCCAAAAUGAUGUGUCCAUGAUCAGAUCCAGCGGCGGCCGCGGUGACCGAGGCCCUCUGCCAGCGACAAACCUUCCUGUUGUCCUGGAGUUAUAUGCUUUUAGCUCACCUCUCGAGAAAGGGUCUUCGUGCUGCAAAAUCCCGGGGUAAGGCGAUGGGCAUGCCAACCAUGUCAAAGCCGAAGCGUGUCAUGUCUGUCGUGGCGGAAGGCAGUGGUACCCGUGGAUGUUCUGACGGGACAUGCGCCCUGUCGACCCUCAAUCAGCAGAAAACAGAAAGCGGCCGCCGUCAGGAGUCUGCAGCCGGUGGAUCAACUGCCCACAUGAGUGUCAGGUGGACGACGAUCUGACCAGAUUAUAAUAAUGAAGGCUAUUCGAGCGCACGGGUAAAAAGGGCGGGAAGAAGGGGCACCGAGACACAUCACGGACCGUCCGCAUUGCUCGCUACCGAGUCAGUCAGGUCAUGUCGGGCCAGGCCUUGUCAUCUUCCGCAUGAUCGUCAGUCUCGCCUUCCCAUCUAUCCGUGACCUAGCACUAUCUGAUGCCUGGGAAAAGCACACGAUUUUUGGACGGAACGUCCUAUUCCCAAGCAAUCAGAUCGCCUGAACAGGACGCAACCUGGACGCAAGCGUUCGUCCUGAAGCAAAACAGCCAGGACAAGGUCCAUCCGGUAACUGGUAGUGCAGUCGUUCUGGAACAAGCAGGCCAUAUGAUAUGGCCGUCAUUACCUUUCGUCCAGGAGCGAAAAUGUAUGGCUCAUGGUCAUUUGUCGGGAAAUGCUGUCCGUGGCGGCCGUGGCACCUUUGCCGCCAUCCAAGGACAACGUCAAAAAUGUUGACAUCAAAGAUCUUGGUCUUUCAGACGCGCAGAGCCCGGACGAUAUGGCCUCCCCUCCCAACAGGAUCGGUACAACCGGAAAGUUUCCAAUUCGAAGGACAGGACACGGGGAGCGGCUGAGUAGACCGCAUUGUGGGAGGAAAAGCAAAAGCAAGCAGGGUGUGCGGACCAACGAUGCCUGUGUUGACGCAUACAACGUGCUUUGGGCUUCGCCCAGACCUGCGCUUGACUUAUGUGGCAAAUGCCCAUUCGAACGGAUCAAGUGUCCUGGGUUCGUCAAUGAUGCCGGCGGGAGAUUAGCAACCGUUUAGUCGGAAAGUUUACUUCCCAUCGACAUACCUUAGCCAACUUCGGCUUUCCUUCGAGACCACUUCCCUUGUUGCUAGAGACGCGUGUUGUUUUUUGGUGGUGGCUAAAUGUUGAAAACCUCAUCUUGGCCGACAUAUGUCUGAAACAUGCGGAAGUUAGAUGUCCAUAUGUCCCCGAAGCAGUGUGGUCGAGUCGAUCUUGCAAAACACACCGACAGUCAAGUGGUACAGACGGUGGAUCGCGUGGGCGGAUGACCGAGGCUAGGCUGAACCUUAUCCUCGGACUCGACGCCUCGUGGGACGGAUGUCCCGGGACAAUGGAAUGUGAUAGCGACCCAGACGAAAACUGAUCGACUUGCCAUUUCGAGAUUGCGGUCCUGCCUGCUACUUUUGCACGGUUGACACCAUUGUCAAUUGUUGGCGUUUGAAUCGUCGGCACUGCCCGUAGCAGAAUCGGUGCCCACCCUGUCGGAUUCAGGGCCAUCACUCUUAUCUUGAUUGAUCGUCACCUGAUGCAAGCCGUUGAAACAACAUGACAGAUGACACUGAGGGCUGUUCGGCCUACUGUAUACACUGUACUGCUUGCCAAACAUCGAGAGAGAUGAUAGUCCAAGCCGGGGCAUACAGGUCCUUCGACAGUUUGACCGGAUUGCUGCGGAUACUGGUGAUAUCUGCCCAGCAGUACAGAGAAGUUCCACGUUGAUUCGUCCAGAGGACAGUGUGCCAAAGGCCAGCCCGGAGAGCCUGCUGCUGAGUCCACUACUGUGUGCCCAAAGAUGCAGGACUGGGAUGGAAACAUCACAUGCAUGCUGCAGUAGCAUUGUCGUCCACGAUUUGCUGGAUGCCAAUUCCCAUCCCUGUGGUUGUCCUCGGCAGUAAUGUAUACUCCUCGACCAUUGACAAAAGCGGUUACGGGAAGCUCUUCUUGGACAAGGCUGAGGGUUUAUGGGUGAUCGAGAGGCCUCUUGUUUUUUUUGUUUUUCGCUUUUCGCUGUGUGCUUGGCCCGCAUCGCUUAAGAGCCGGGAGUACAUUUACGAUGCAACGUGAUUUGCGCUCCUAUUGUAAUCCGCUGGUGGCGCAGUAAACUUUUGAACACGUUUGUCAAAGGACUAAGGCGUUCAGCUGGACAGAUGGAGAUCAUUCUUGUGUGGCCGGAUCAUGGCGCAAGGAGUGGCGUCCCUUCCACCAGUCUUAUCGCAAGGAAGAAUCAUCGAGACGCCUGACAGCCCAGUAGUUGACAGCAGUCCGUCUAGUCGCUUGCCGUAACUUGCUCGGACGAGAGGGAAGAUGUAAAGCUCUGCCCACAGCUUCGUCGUCAAGAACUUACUAUGUAACCUUAAAGUGUAAGCAACCCAAAAAUCGGGAGAGGAAAUAACUCAAACGUCAG